AUGACUACAGACAACGGACAAAGCCAGGAUGAUAGAUCCGCUCUUAUACUGUUUGGUACCGAAACCGGAACUUCACAAGACAUUGCUGAGGAAAUCGGUCGAUGCCUUGAACGAUUACACUUCCAAACAGAUGUCACUGGGCUCGACAACGUAUCUCUCGGCCACCUGAGCCUCUACCCUAGUUGUCUUACAGUCUUUGUGGUUGCAACCACCGGCCAGGGCGAUUUCCCAGACAAUGCUCGCAAAUUCUGGAAGAGUCUUCUCCGGAAGAAAUUAUCGCCGUCGACUCUUGCUGAAACGAAUUACGCCGUCGUUGGUCUUGGUGACAGUUCGUAUCCCAAGUUCAAUUGGGCUGCGAGGAAGUUGGACAAAAGGCUACGGCAACUGGGAGCGACAUCGAUCAUUGAGUCGUGUGAGGCCGAUGAACAGGGCGACGACAGUACGGAUGGUGCUUUCCUGGCAUGGCUGCCCCAAUUUCGAGAUGUAGUCUUGAACAGGUUUCCCUUGUCCCCAGGUCAAGUUCUCAUUCCAAACGACGUUCUCCUACCCAGCAAGUGGCGAUUAUCAGAGAGUACGUCGGGUUUUUCGAAAGCCCAGCUAACUCAGAAUGGCUCACUAGGUGGUGUAUCCUCUACUACAUCUAGAGUUACGGAUACAUUCACAGCUACACUGGAGGUUAACGAUCGAGUGACACCAGCAGACCAUUGGCAAGAUGUACGAUUCAUGACAUUAUGUACAUCGGAACAGGUUGAUUAUUUGCCGGGGGAUGCUUUGUCUAUUUCCCCUCGAAAUCUCCCCGUGGAUGUUGCACUCCUGAUCGAACGCAUGGCCUGGGGACCUGCGGCCGAUGUUCCUAUCCAUUUUGUUUCAACUAGGUCGCAUUCAGGCCGACCCCUGAAUUUUCUAUCUGCAGAUCCAAUGUUCUCCCACCAAAAUCUGACACUCAGAAUCCUGCUCACGGAAUACUUGGAUAUCAAUGCCAUCCCUCGCCGAUCAUUCUUCGGUGCUAUUGCAAAUUAUACCUCAGACAGUAUGCACAAAGAGCGACUGCUGGAAUUCACCGACCCGCAAUAUCUGGACGAGUACUACGAUUAUGCCACUCGACCGAGACGAAGCAUAAUCGAGAUUCUCCAAGAAUUCGAUACCGUGCAAAUCCCGUGGCAGGAAGCGCCGAAUAUCUUCCCGACCCUGAGACCUCGCCAAUUCAGCAUCGCAAGCGGUGGAGAUUUGAAAUGGACCGCAAGUGGGCAGACAAAAUUCGAGCUCCUCAUCGCCAUUGUAAAGUACAGAACAGUCAUUAAGCGAAUUCGCGAAGGCGUGUGCACGAAAUACCUUGCACAGCUCCCGGUCGGGACAAAACUUGAAGUGUCUCUCAAGACAGAAGGCCGUUUCGCCAAAUCGGAUGACCUACUAGGUAAGAGCCAUAUUUUAAUCGGAGCUGGAACGGGUAUCGCACCGCUUCGAGCGCUGGUUCAUGAGAAAAUCGCCCGUGGUCAUAUCCUAGGAGAUACGUCUCUCAUAUUCGGUUGUCGGAACCAGACAGCCGAUUAUUUCUUUAGUGAGGAGUGGAGCGCAAUCACUGCUCAAAACCAUACGACAGACGCAACGUCGUCCGCCGAGCGCUCCAGUCUCGAAGUGAUACCGGCGUUCUCCCGUGAUCAAAAAUCCAAGGUUUACGUACAGGAUCGGAUUCGCGAGCGCUCAGAGCUCAUAUGGACGUUCCUGCGGGAGCAAGCUGCCACCGUGAUUGUCUGCGGGGCGUCCGGCCAGAUGCCCAAGGCCGUUCGCCAGGCACUCGUUGAUGCACUAGUUGCCGAAGGGACGAAACGAAUGGCAAAAGACUCGGGAUCAGGGCACAAUGGUGGCCUUGACGAUGGUGAGGGUGAAUUAAGAGACGAGCCAAUUCAAAGCCAGCAUGAUGCAGAGGGUUAUCUUGCCCGGCUGGAGAAGGAGGACAGAUACAAGCAGGAGACGUGGUCAUGA